AUGUCAUCGGACGUUCCCGCAGCCAAUUCUCCUCCUGCCGACGUCGCCAUGACCCCACAGGCGAUGUUGAAUGACGCCGAGGUCGUGGCUACUCGAGUCCGAGGAAACAGAGUUCCUGAAGGAAGUAAUCUCACUGUCGUCGAAAAAAUCAGCUUCCAAGACCUUCUCCAAGAAUGGUGUGACGCCCGGCCCGCGACCAUCGGCCAUACCCAGGUGCUGACAGAGGAGCUCCGAAAGGGCUUCUUCCCCAAGGUCUUCACCAACUGGGACUCUGAUGAGUCCUGCGUUCCCCUUCCCUCAAUGGCCCCAAGGACUCUGCAGAAAUCGUCCUUCCACGCUGGAUAUCUGAAGGACAAUCUGCCCAUCACCCCACAGAAACGCAAGCGGGGAGUCACUGUCCAGGACAACCCGAAGCGAAUGGCCCUACAGCCUGCCUACCUGACUGUUGAGUUCAGUUCGGAAUCUGAGGGCAAGGAAUUGCGCUUUGUCUGGCGAGAUGAGAAAGGCACGAGGGUCCCUGUUGACUAUAUCGAAUACAGGGAAGAUGUCACCAAGGCACAAGCAAUCCAGAGCGCAAUCGAAGCAUAG